AUGGGCAGGGAAGACCAGACAUGGAUGAGUGAGUUCAUUCUGCUGGGACUGUCCAGCUGCUGGGAGACUCAGGUCUCCCUCUUUGUCCUUUUCCUGGCCAUGUAUCUGAUGACUGUGCUGGGGAACUUCCUCAUCAUCCUCCUUAUCAGACUGGACAGCAGGCUGAACACACCCAUGUACGUUUUCCUCAGUAUCCUGUCAUUUGUGGACAUCUGUUAUAUCAACAGCACUGUCCCCCAGAUGCUCAUUCACUUCCUGUCAGCCCAGAAGUCUAUCCCAUUCUACAGCUGUGUGCUCCAGCUGUUUAUCUCCUUGGCCAUGAGCAGCCCAGAGCUCUUCCUGCUGGAAGCCAUGGCUUAUGAGCGCUGUGUGGCAGUGUGCCGCCCACUGCACCACGCAGUCAUCAUGCACGGAGGGCUGUGCCUGGGGCUGGCUGCUGGCUGCUUGCUGGCUGGUUUCAUGAAUUCACUGAUGCAGACAAUCAUCUUUCAGCUACCUCUGUGCCAUAAGGUUGUUCGUCACUUUGCCUGUGAGUUGUUGGCUGUGCUGAGGCUGACCUGUGUGGACAUCUCCUUCAACAAGGUCAUGGUGGCCAUCUCAGGAUUUCUGGUGAUCAUGCUUCCCCUGUUUCUUGUUCUGUUCUCCUAUGGUCGUAUAGUUGCUGUGAUUCUGUGUCUUCAUUCUGCCCAGGGACGCCACAAAGCAUUUGGGACGUGUGCCUCUCACCUCAUUGUGGUUUCCAUGUGCUUUGGAACAGCCAUUUUCACAUACUUGAGACCCAUGGCUGGCUCCUCAGCAGAACAGGAGAAGAUGGUCACCCUGUUCUAUGCUGUGGUGACCCCAAUGCUGAAUCCCUUAAUCUACAGCUUGAAGAACAAGGAAGUGAUGAGCACCUCUAGAAGAGUGUUGGGGAAACUUAGUGACAAAGGGUAA